CCUCUGGCAGUAAACUCGUCCAGCAAAAUGUCCCUACUCCUGCUUCCUGCCGCCAGGGGCACAACUCCAUAUCACUGCUCAAAUGAGUUGAGCUAGAGGCGUCCACGUUCUCAGUAUGGAAUGGACACUCUUCUAACAUGGCGUAGCCCAUAGGGAUGCGCCUCGGGAGCAGCCAUGUUCCCUGCCUGACAACGCUGCAUAUUAGGUGCCCCUACCGAAUGCCGCAGAGCACAAACUCCGCAACGACUCCAUGUUGACUCUUGGCUGAGCCUUCCAAGGUGGUUUUGCGCAUGCGCAUAUCCUCACUUCCGAUGUCAAACUCCAAAUCCCGAGAGGGGGAGGUGUUAGGGCCGGUGACCGGAAGCGGCUGCGGUUCUCAACCUCGGUUAGAUAGUUGUCAAGCGGAUUCAACUCAGUGCCGGAGGGAUGUAGAGGUGAUGGGCGGCCGGGGAGGGUUUCUUGGAGUCUCUGCCAUGUCCAUGGGCCAGACCCUUUAAUGAAGGCUGUAGAAUCAUCUUCCUGAUCCCAGUAGCUCCAGUUGAGUCUACAGACCCUACCAAACUUGGAGUUCCUGGAAAGAGUGGAGUUGUCAGCAAGAGAGCCCUAGAGCUGAAAUCCAGUGUGAACAUGGCAGCCAGCCAGAAUUUGCCCCAGCAAGGAAGACAUGGCAAUGCCUGUGAGAUACCAGUAUCAUUUGAGGAUGUGACUGUGGACUUCAGUAGAGAGGAGUGGCAGCAAUUGGACUCUACUCAAAGGUGCCUGUACCAAGAUGUAAUGUUGGAGAACUAUAGCCACCUGCUCUCAGUGGGGUUUGAAGUUCCCAAGCCAGAGGUCAUAUUCAAGUUGGAGCAAGGAGAGGAGCCAUGGAUGUUGGAAGGGGAAACCCCACAUCAGAGUUAUUCAGGUGGAAAGUUUGGAAUUAAGAACUCAAAAAAAAGUACUUCUGCAAAAACUACAUUUCAUAGUGAAAUAGAGGACAAAGAUACAAGAGAUGAUUCACUGUAUUCCGUUUUAGAAGAACUGUGGCAAGAUGCUGAACAGAUAAAAAUAUGCCAGGAAAAACAGAACAGCCCUUUGAAUCACACUGAUUUUAUCAAUAAGAAAAUAUUGAACACAGAAUGGGAUUAUGAAUAUACAGACAUUGGAAGUUGUGUACAUCCAAGCCCAAAUCUCAUUCCUUCACAGAAAAGACCCCAUAAACAUGACUCAUUUGAGAAACGUUUUAGGCAUAAUAUGGACUUACAUAUUCAUAAUAAAAACAAUACAACAAAGAACUUUGAUAAAAUUGUUAGUCAUGGUCAAGUUUUCACCCAGAACACUUCCUUUACUAACCAUGAAAAUUCACAUAUGGGAGUGAAGUUCUGCGAAAGUGAUCAGUGUGAAAAAGUCCUCAAACAUGCACUCAGUCAAAAUCUGAAAUUUCCUGUUGGGGAGAAAGCAAGCACAUGUGCUGAAUUUGGAAAGAUCUUCACCCAAAAGUCGUAUCUCUUUGCACCUCCAAAAAUUCAUACUGUGGAAAAGCCUCAUGAACUUAACAAAUGUGUAAAUGCAUUUACACAGAAGCCACUACUCAGUAUAUAUCUGAGAGUUCAUAGAAAUGAAAAACUAUACAUAUGUUCUCAAUGUGGAAAGGCUUUCCUCCAGAAUUCAGAAUUAAUGAUGCAUGAGAAAAGUCAUACUAGAGAGAAACCCUAUAAAUGCACUGAAUGUGGAAAGUCAUUUUUCCAGCUGUCAUCUCUACUCAGGCAUCAGACAACUCAUACUGGAGAAAAACUCUAUGAAUGCAGUGAAUGUGGGAAAGGCUUUUCCCUGAACUCAGCCCUCAACAUACAUCAGAAAAUCCAUACUGGAGAGAGACAUCACAAAUGUAGUGAGUGUGGAAAAGCCUUCACCCAGAAGUCAACACUCAGGAUGCAUCAGAGAAUUCACACAGGAGAGAGAUCCUAUAUAUGCACUGAAUGUGGACAGGCUUUCAUCCAGAAGGCCCACUUGAUUGCACAUCAAAGAAUUCAUACCGGAGAGAAGCCUUAUGAAUGCAGUGAUUGUGGGAAAUCUUUUCCUUCUAAGUCCCAACUCCAGAUGCAUAAGCGAAUUCACACAGGAGAAAAACCCUAUAUAUGUAAUGAAUGUGGGAAGGCCUUCACCAACAGGUCAAAUCUCAAUACUCACCAGAAGUCUCAUACUGGAGAGAAGUCUUAUAUAUGUGCUGAAUGCGGAAAGGCCUUCACUGACAGGUCAAAUUUCAAUAAACACCAGACCAUUCAUACGGGAGAAAAACCCUAUGUUUGUGCUGAUUGUGGACGAGCCUUCAUCCAGAAGUCAGAGUUAAUUACACAUCAGAGAAUUCAUACUACAGAGAAGCCUUAUAAGUGUCCUGACUGUGAGAAAUCCUUCUCCAAGAAACCACAUCUCAAAGUACAUCAGCGAAUUCACACGGGAGAGAAACCGUACAUAUGUGCAGAGUGUGGGAAGGCCUUCACUGACAGGUCAAAUUUCAAUAAACAUCAGACAAUUCAUACUGGAGAUAAACCCUAUAAAUGCAAUGACUGUGGAAAGGGCUUCACCCAGAAAUCCGUUCUUAGUAUGCAUCGCAAUAUUCAUACAUGAAAUAACCCUAUUUCUUAAAAAUGAGAGAGCCUUACCGUAGAAGUCAGGUCUACUCAUAUAUUAUAAAAUUCAUCUAAGACAGACCUUGUAUGAGUACACUGUAUUAAAAAAAGCAUUCAUCAGGCUAUCUCACCUGAGAUGAAAAAAAUAAUUAGAAAAGACCCUAUAAGAAAGGGGAAUUUGGGGGCUGGGGUUGUGACUCAGUGGCACAGCGCUUGCCUAGCAUGUGUGAGGCGCAGGGUUUGAUCCUCAGCACCACAUACAAAUAAACAAAAUAAAAGGUCAAUUGACAACUAAAAGAUAUUUAAAAAGGGUGGGGGAUGAAUUUAACAUUUACACAGCCUCACAAAAUACAAUAGAAUUAACAUUGAGAAUGCUGUCAGUUUGGUACAUUAGGAAAACCCUUCCUAUAGAAAGUAUCAUGAGGCAAAUUAUUACCAAAUGCUUGAUAGGUUGGAGGAUGCAAAAUUAUAGAAAUGACAGUCAUGUUUACUAUGUUAUAGUAAGCAGUUUAACAAGAAAAUAAUGUAUUCGUUGUGCAGACCUUUCAGUUCUUUUGGCUGUUUGUGGUAAAAUAUUGCAUAACAUAUUACAUAAUUGAAUUGAAAUUCUUUUUUAAAAUUUAGAAUGUUUAUCAAAUGUUUGUUAUUGAACAUAUCUAUCCAAUGAAUUCAUAAGUUUGAAGUUAUUUUGGCUUUUUAUAUACACACAUCUGCGGAUAUAAUUUUAUAUGAACAUAUGAUUAUUAUUCAUACUGUUUUCCAUGAUAUAGUAUUCUUCUUUCAUUGUGUACAAUGCAAAAUUGCCACAGAUUCCUCCCAUCCAUUUAUGCAUGGCCCCUUUUGCAAUGGUAACUUGUUGUUUCUCUUAUUAAGUAUGUUAUAGCUUGGAUAUGAAGUAUCCCCUAAAAGCCCCUGUAUUAACUGCAAGAAUGUUCAGAGGUGAAAUGAUUAGAUUAUGAGAGCUAUAACCUGACCAGCCCAUCCUAGUUUGAAUGGGCUAACUGGGUGAUAGCUGUAUGUAGGUAGGGCAUGGCUCAAAGAAGUGGGUCACUGGGGGUAUGUCCUGGAAAGUUCGUCUUCCCUGCAGCUCCUUCUCCCCUUUCUCUCUGCUUCCUGGUCACUAUGAGCUGAUAGCUUUCCUCCAGGGCACUCUUUAGUCAUUAUGCUACACCUCACCACAGGCCCAGAGUGAUGGAACUGGCUGACCACAGACAGAUCCUUGGAAACCAUGAGCCGGAAGUAAACUUUUCCUCCUCUAGAUUAGUUUUGUCAGGUAUUUUGUUUAUAGCAACAAAAAACUAACACAAAGUACUUCAUAUCUGCCUUUGCUCCUUGACUUUCAACUUGGCCAUGUGAUUUGCUUUGGCCAAUGGACAUUAGCAAAGAGAUUCAAGAAGAGGCUGGAGAAGUGUGAAAGCCUGCCUUGAGGCUUAUCCUUUUUUGCUGCUCUUUGGAAUCCUUAGAUCUCAAUGUUAAGAAACACAGAUGCCCUACUAUGGGAUGAGAAGCCACAUAGAACAGAGGUGAGCCAGCUUAGCUGAUGCCCCAUAGAUCAAUUUACCUAUGGGCUUGGGAAUGAGUCCAUCAUAAGCCUAUGUCCUCAGCCAAACCAGCCCAGCUCAAAAUUGCCAUGUUAGUUAUACCAGCCAACCUACAGAAUUUUGAGUUAAAUAAGUGAUAAUUGUUUUAGGCAACUAUAUUUUGGGGUAGUUUGUUGCAUAUCAAAUGCUAAAUAAUACUUAAAAGUAUAUGUGUGUGAAUUGUAUUAUACCCAAAUAUAAUAUGGCAUUGGCUUUGGGCCUGAGAAGCUAAUAGAGACUGGAGAAUAAUGAGGAAAUCUGUUUGCAAAAUCUGGGAAAAUGACAACCUAUUAGAAAGGAAAAAAUAGCAAAUCAUCACCAUGCUCUGUGGGACUAUAGAGAAGGUACCAAAUAAACUUGUGGAUCUGACUAAGAGAUUUGCCAUGGAAUAUGGUUGUCAGUUUGCUGCUUUUAACCACAUAUGAUAAGGUACAGAAUGAGAGAAAUGAAUUAAAGAAAUACUUGUUCCCCUGGCAAUCAGCUGUUUUGGGAAAUAACUUUAGCUCUUUAGCCAUGAAAAUAUUCUCAAGAUACAAAAUGGCUGUAGGGUAAAUAUCAAGUCAUGGGUAUGUCUGUAAAACCCUUUAUUACCAUGUUUGAAAUAUUGUAUUCUAUUGGUGCUUGGGAAACCCUCUCAGUGAAACAAUGGGUGUCCAAAAAUCUUAGUGACAUGAUUCCACAAUAGCCUGACACUGCUCUAAGUAGAAAGAAGCUUCUCUAAAAAGAAUUGCUGAUGUGGCAUUUGGGGCAUAGAGUUGAUAUGAACAGAUUCAUAGGAAACUCAUAGGUUUUAAUUGAGUUUUACCUGUGGAACUACCUCCAUACUGGCCUUAAAGGAACUGAAACAAUUCAAAAUGAAAAAAAUGGCCUCUGGAAAUUCCUCCCUAACUUCUGUGAACUGGAUGCAAGACAACAAUGUUACUCAGCUACAAGUAUGGACCAUUUCUUAUGGGAACUGAAGGAUGUCUCAGAGGGAAGGCCCAAGAACAGUAUAUUAAAAUGGACUGGAAAGCCAUUUCCAGGAAAAACUUGCCCUGAUAAAAAAAACACUAUCUGCCCCUGGAGCAAGGGGACCUGAUAUUUUCUCUGUGGUAUUUCAGAAUUGUUAUGGAACAGUGAUGGACACAUGCCUCUUAUUGCUCUCCUGGCUGAAUGGGAGUACCUAUUGCAGUUAGUCUCUUUCUCCCCAUAUAUAUCUUAAGUGUGUGUUUGAGAGAGGCAUGUCAAAUACCUUGUCAUUUAGCUCACACGAUCAAGAAACUGAGAAACUGUAUUCAAGGAGCCACAUCUGAACCUGGUAUAGAAGACUUGGAAUCCUGGAUUUAAACCUGAUACCUUGAUUUGGGAUGGGAUAUUUAGAGAUCCCGGAAUGGGAGUGAUCAUGUUUUGCAUGGGGUGAUAAUGUGAAUAAUUUGUCAUCAGGACAUAACACUGUGUUAGAAAAAUGCUACACGUUUCCUAUCUCUAUGUGUGUGUCAUUUUCAGCUUUUAUUUCUCUUUGCAUUUCAUUUGGAAUAACUUACGAUAAUCUGUUUUCAAUAACACUGAUUUCCCAGCACCCUGGCUCUGUCAGGUCUACUGAUGAACCUGUUGAAAGCAUUUUUUUCAGUUAUGUGUUAUUUUUUAUAUUUACUAUUUCCAUUUGACUUUUAUAUCAUUUAUAUUUCUGCUAAACUUCCCCAAUUGUUCAUUCACGUUGUUCCCAUUUUCCACUAUUUCCUUAGUUUGGACUACUGUAGCAAAGUACUAUAGACUGGAUGGCUUAUAAACAACAGAAAAUUCUUUUUUCACAGUUCUGGAGGCUAGAAGUCUGAGAUCAGGUACCAAUAUGAUCAGGUUCUGGUGAGGAUCUUUUUCUGGAUUGUAGACUACCAGGUUCUCAUUGUAUCCUUACUUGGCUUCCGAUUUUCAUAUCCUCACUAGAAAGCUCCCUGGGAUCCUUUAUAUAAGGGCAUGAAUCCCAUUUGUGAGGCUUCCACCCUCAUGACCUACCUACCUCUCAAUGGCCCCAUCUCCUGAGACCAUCCCAUCGGGGAUAAGGAUUUCAGUAUACAAAUUCUGUGGGAACACAGACAUCCAGUCUAUAAUACCCUUUAAUAUAUUUUAGCCAAAUUUAUUUUAAGUUCCCUGCCUGAUAGUUCCAGUAAGUCAGCCAAGCGAGUUCCGGUCUUUUGACUGCUUUACCUCUUGACAGUGGGUUCCUUUCUAUUGCUGUUUUGCAUCUACAAGUUUUAGCUGAAAGUUGGAUGUUGUGUGUAGGGCAAUGUAAACUGAAAUGAAAAGUAUUUAUUCCUGGAGAUAGACAUGGCUGCUCUUCUGAUAGAUAGGCAUUAGCAUGGUGGCAUUGAGUUGAUCCAGUCAGUGGUCAGGUAGGGUUUUGGUUUUGUUGUUGCUAUUGUGAAUUUUGGUGUAACAUAGACUUCAAAUUCCUGUAAUGUUACCUUGUGUUUGAAGUAGACACUGGUUUUCCAGAGAAUUUUUCUCAAUGUUCCUGGACUGUACUUGCCUUUAGGCCUUUCCUGGGUUUCUGCAUCUCAGUGAUAGUCUCUCUAUAUUCUUGUCUCUCUCUCUUAGUAAUUGAUUUCUGUUUUUUUGUUUGUUUGUUUGGAACUGGGGAUUGAACUCAGGGGCACUUUACCCUUGAGGUAUAUCCCCAGCCCUUUUAAUUGGGGUAGGGGCGGAAAGUGUCUCUCUGUUGCCUGGGCUAGCUUUAAACUUAUGAUCCUCCUGCCUCAGCCUUCCAAGUUACUGGAAUUACAGGCAUGCAUCGCUGUGCCCACUUAGACUGCUGCUGUUACUCGGUUCUUACUAACUUGGUAUGGGACACAGAAGUUGUCCUGUGUCCCUGGGUCUUAACAUUUUUUUUUCCCAGUGAUCCUGCCCCUCUUCCACUGGUAAGAGAUAUUUUAUUGUCUGGCCCAAGAUAGUUUCCUCCCAUUCCAUCAUGGGUAGAUUUUUUUUUCUUUUCCUUUCCUCUAGUCACAGUGGAUCUUCACCUGUAUCCUGAGAGUGACAGGGUUUGCUGCACUGCACCAAAUGGCUUAAGGCUUUUGUUUGAUAGAAUAGGGUCCCUUGGGAUUUUGUAUCAGCACCCAUCCCCCUACUGGCAUACCCCAUGGAAGGAUGCCUUCUCCACUUUCCCACUCUACUACUAGUGUUUCUUAUGAGCACCCAGUGGAGGUCUGUGGUGAAGAGCCUGCAGGUGGAAGCCAACAGCCCUUAGGUCUACAGCUCUCAGGGGUUCUAUAUUCUCACUAUCCCACUCUCAGCCUUUAACAGUUUAUUAAAAUUGUCCAUUUCUUUGGAUAAUGGAACAUUAGCAAAUAUGACACAAGAACUCAUAAGAAGUGUUUGCACAUUGAAGUUUGCCCACUCUUGCUGCUCUUUGGAAUCCUAAGCCCAUAUAUUAAAAGGCAGGAAUGGUGAAGUUGGAAAAUGAUGGACCACUUGGAGCAGUGAUGGAGCAGAUAUGAUUCAUCCCAACUGAGGCACUCGACCAACCAGAUUUUCAGCUACCGAAUAUGUAAAUGAAGAUAUCCCAGCCAGGUAUUCCUGAUCAAGGUAACUAUGGUUAGCAGUCUCUGAGAUGAUCCUGAAUGAUCCCUCACUCCUGGUAUUCAUACUCUUGUAUAAUUCUCCUUGAAUUUGGGCUAGAUUUAGUGACUUGGUUCUAGAAUAAGGCAGAGGUAAUGGAUGUCACUUCCAAGAUUAGGUUACAAAAAGACUGUGGCUUCUGUUUUGGGUGUUCCUUUAAUCUCUCAGAUGGCUCACCCUAGGGGGAAUGCAGCUGCCAUCUCAUUAAGCAGCCCUUAACAAAGGCCCAUGUGAGUGAAUUUGAGAGGAUAUCCUUCCCCAGUGUUGCCUUCAGGUGGGACCUUCAAUCCAGAUAGCUUUACUAACCUCAUGAGAAAUCUUCAGUCACAGGCAUACUUCUGAGCCAUACCUGAAGGGGACCCACAGAAAUUGUGAAUUAAUAAAUGUUGUUUUAAGCUGACAAAUGUUAGGGUACUUUGUUACAUAGUCAUAGGUUAGUAAUAUAUUGGCCCAGACAAGGAAGGCUCUGCCAUCUAUUCCACCCAUCCCAGACAACUUACAGAAUAAUGGAUUACAAUGUUUAUUGUAAGUCUCUAAGUUUGUGUGGCUUGUUACCCAGAAAAAAACCUAGCUGAUAAAUUCACUAUUCAGUGAAUUUUAUCCUCCACUAUUCUUCCCCAACAGAUAACCAAUACUAAUCAACUACUAUGAGCACUUCCAUGUUUUAGUCUUGCUAAUAAACCUGUAUAGAUGUACAUAUGUGGGUAUGCUUAUAAUCAUAUAGAAACUAUAUAAGGAUUGCUUUCUUCUUUGAUGCAUACUACUAUCUCUGGAUCUUGCUUUAUUAUUCAACAACUCUCUUUUGAAUGGUUGUAUGAUAGUUUGUGGGGUGAUAUGCAAGAAUCUAUGCCAUUAUUUGCAUAUUAAAAUUCCUUCAAUUUUUUUUUGUCAUUAGGAAAAUGUUACUAAGAGUAUUAAGGAGUUGGGCUGGGGAUGUAGCACAGUGGUAGAGCACUUGACUAUCAUAUGUGAAACCCUGGUUCUGAUCCACCACACACACACACACACACAUACACACACACACACACGUGUGUGUGUGUGAAGAAAUAGCUUGCCUAGGCUCAUGCCAGAGUUAUCAGUCCUGGCUUUACCAAUUUUUAGCUGUGUAACCUCGGGCAGGUUAGUUAAGUUCUCUUUCCUGAUUUUUUUCAGCUAUAAAGAUGUUCAUACUAGUUACCUAUCUCAGAUUUCACUACGAAGUAUACUCUUUCCUGGGACUGCUUUACAAAGUACCACAAAUUAGGCGGCUUAAACCAACAGAACUUUUUUUUUUUUAAAGAGAGAGUGAGAGAGGAGAGAGAGAGAGAAUUUUUAAUAUUUAUUUUUUAGUUCUCGGCGGACACAACAUCAUUGUUGGUAUGUGGUGCUGAGGAUCGAACCCAGGCCGCACGCAUGCCAGGCGAGCGCGCUACCGCUUGAGCCACAUCCCCAGCCCAAACCAACAGAACUUUAUUACAGUUCUGGAGGCUAGAAGUCCAAAAUCAAGGUGUCAUCAGGGCCCUCUUGUAACCUUUGAAAAUAGUAGGGAAGGGACUAUUCUAUGCCUCUUUUCUAACUGCUGGUUGUUUUGUGUGUUACUUUGCUUGUGGAUGCAUCAGUCCAUUGACAUGGAUGAUUUCUCCCUGAGGUCUUCAAGCAUCUAUCUGUCUCUGUGUCUAAAUUUUCCUUUUUUUGUAAGAAUACCAGUUAUAUCAGAUUAGUUCCUACCCUAAUAACUUCUUUUUAACCUGAUAGCCUCUGCAAAGACUAUUUCCAAAUAAGGUUAUGUUCUGAGGUACUAGGCGUUAUGAUUUCCACAUAUCCUUUUAGGAGGACACAAUUUAACUCAUAUCAAGAACUUAAUGGAUUUAUUUGUGUAAGGCACUUAGAACUUUGUAUGGAGAGAGGUUCUUAAUGACUAUUAGAUACAUCUCCAUUACUGUACUUGCUUAGGUCUCCAUACGACUUCCUGUGCUUGGGAAAGCAGUGGGAUUUGAGAAUGUCUAUGACAUUUAAAUCUCAUCCAACUAUCUGAAGAGAAAUGUGGUAUAAAAAACAAAACGCAAGCCUCAGACUAAGGCUUAUGUGAUCAACAUUUGAGGAAUAGGCCAAGAUGGAUCCAUCUGUAGUAGAUAAUGAGAAGGAGCACCCAGAGGUCAAAACAUGCCAAGUGAGAAAGGAGCUCACAGAAGAGUGUUUCCAAGAUAUGUUUCAAUGGAAGAUAUGUCUAGAAUGGAGGUCAGGUUAUAUGAGAGUGGAAAAUUGCUGAUUUUGUAACAGGCUAUUGUUGACUUGGAUGAGUGCUACUUUGGAAAUGAAUUUAAGGAAAGCAAUUGAGGAAACCUGAAGGAAUUUCUAAAUUCAUCAUAAAGUGACGUCUGGUAGAAAAAAAUACUAGGUCAUUGGGCUGGAUUGCUCUGUGUUGUCUGGGUUAAACUGAGAAAUGAGGGUUGGCAAGAAGUAGAAUUUAUAUGAGAUUUGGGAGGACAAAAGGAAGGAGCAACUUCCCCUCUAAAGUCUUUGAAAUUAUAUACAUUGAAGGACAGAUGCAGAGGUAUCCAGCAAGUUUUCUUUUUUCCUCACUCUUCCACUCUAUAUCUAGCUCUUCUUUUCAUCUCAAUGCUGCUAACAGUGGCCUCAGGCCCACCACCAGAUUCUUGGGUGCAGACCCACAAAGGGAACAGCUUCUUGUAGAUUUUAUCACCUCCCAUUCACAGUCUCACUUCAGUAACUAGAUGUUCUGGCUCCUCAGAUAUUCCUGAAAGCUCUGAUUAGCCCACCCAUUCCAAUGGUUUCUAGAACCUUCCAACCCCCCCUUCUUAUCUUUAAAAAAAAUUUUUUUUAAAUUGUCAAUGAACCUUUAUUUUAUUUAUUUAUAUGUGGUGCUGAGGAUUGAACCCAGGGCCUCAUGCAUGCUAGGCGAGUGUUCUACCACUGAGCCACAACCCCAGCCCCCCUCUUCUUAGCUUUAUACUCCCAGAUACUCCUAUAAAUUGUGCAUGGCCUAAUUAAUAUUUUAAAAUUCCUUAUUCCACAACAGGGAUAUAGCUCAGUGGCAAAGUGCUUUCUUAACAUAGUUGAGGCCCUGGGUUCAAUCCUUGGUACCACCAAAAAUGAAAAAAAAAACCCUUAUUCCAUAAUAUUCAUAUUGAUUAUACUUUCCCAACUGAUACAGUUAUACUUUCUUUUCCUGAGAACUUGAACUUGAUAUGUGUUGUUCUAAAAUUGAGUGAUGCCAGUGAGAAGUCUUAGACAAACUUGCUCUUUUUUUCCUUGUACAUUAUAUGAUGUGCCUUUCUGCCAUAUGAUACUUUUUUUGAAGUUCUUUUUUUAAAUAUUUUUUAGUUGUUGAUGGACCUUUAUUUAUUUAUAUGCAGUGUUGAGAAUUGAACCCAGUAUCUCACACAUGCUAGGCAAGUGCUCUACCACCGAGCUACAAUCUCAGCCCUGAAAUUAAGUUUUAUAGAAGCACGUAUCUUGGCCCUGAUUUAUUUUUUGCACUAAGGAUUUAGCCCAGAGGCACAUUACUGCUGAGCUACAUUCCCAGUCCUUUUUAGUUUUCAUUUUGAGACAGGGUCUUGCUAAAUUGCUGAUGCUGGCCUCAAACAUGUAAUCCUCUUGCCUCAGUCUGCAAAGUUACUGGGAAUACAAGCGUGCACCACCACACCCAUAAAUCCUGAUCUUUGUAUAUUAAUUUUACCUAGUGUAUAGUAAGCCAUUAUGGUUAUUAAUUAUGAAAGUUUUAUUUUUCAUAACUUUUUUAUCUGAUCCAUUUUUUUCUCUUAAAGGGAUGUCAAUUAUGUAAGAUAGCUUUGUCAUCUUCUACAUUUAUUUUGUACCACUCCAUGUUCAUUUCACAUCAUUAUUCUUGGAUUAGUGUGUUUGACUCUAGCCUCCUAUUAGAAGAUAAUUCUCUAUGAAGUUAUUAGUGUUUAUACUUUAACAACCAAUUUGUUCAGAUUUAUUUACAUUUCAAGAUAAUGGAGAUAGAGAAUGUCUCUUUUCUUUCUAGAGACAUUUCCAGAGUAGAUUUGGUAACAUUCCAGGAUAGUAAAAAUAAUGUCUCUAUUUGAAGAAGAGGAUGGGCAAUAAAACAAUAUAAUAGCAUUUUCUUUCACAUUUUAAUUAUGUAUGCUUUCAAUCAUGUAGAAAUAUUAAAAUAACUGUACAUUAAACAUCCAUAUAACUUUCAUCUAGGUUUAACAAUGUAUAAAUAAAAUUUUCCUGAAAUAUUGAUAGUAAGUUGUAGAUAUUGUAACAUUAUACCCCCAAAUAAUUGAGCAUCCAUGUCCUAAAAAUAAUAAUGUUCUCCCCAAAACUGGAAUAUCAUAUCAAUCUAAUUUGAUAAUGUCUCAUGUCCAAUUCAUUUUCAGUUUUCUUCCAUUGUCUCUAAAAUAUAUUUUACAGCUUUAUUGUGAUUUAAUUAGCAUAUACUAAAUGGCACUUAUUUAAAGUAUACAAUUUGGUGAGUUUUGAUGUGUGCACCUUUCAUCUCUACAAUAAAAAUAAAUAUAUCCACUCCCACAACAAGUUUCUUAUGCCUUUUUGUCAUCUAGUCCUUCUUUCUCUAUUCCUUUUUCCCCAUCCAUAGGCAACCAUUGAUCUAUUUUCUGUCAUUAUAGACUAGUUUGCAUUUUCUGUAAUUUUAUAUAAAUAAAAUUAUAUGAUAAGCACUCUUGUUUGACUUUGUUCAGCAAGAUAAUUAUUUUGAGAUUCAUUUGUGUUGUUAUUUGUAUCCUUAUUCAUUGCUUUUUAUUGCUAAAUGGUAUUACAUUGUAUGGAUGUACCAAAAUUUGUUUAUCCAUUUAUGUAUUGGUGGCAAUUGGUUAUCUUGUUUCUAACUAUUACAAAUAAAAUUAAUAUGAACAUUUUCAUACAA